UCUUUCUCUAGCUGCAACAAUCAGUUGGAAAGCCGAGUGCGUUUCCUUGGGCCGGCUUGAGGGAGCUAUGGAGGAGGGGCAGAAUGCUUGAAAGCGGGGAUGAAAAAGGCAGGCUGUUUCGUGGAUGCUUUCCAGAAGAAUGGCGAGCGUGUGCGCGCGUGAGAGGGAGGCCAGCCACGAGCGAGCCUGUGGGGUUAGUGAGAGUGAUCUCCAUGACAACUGACCCGGCCAGUCUGUCUACUCUCCCCGCAGUCGUUUUGCCUGAAAUCCUCGCCGUGCUGUGAAAAGUUUUGGGAAGGAGUGGAGGGAAGCAGCAGGGGGUGUUCGACCCGGACGCGCUGCCUUUCCCGUCCCUUAGCUAAUAGGACUACGUUUUGUCUGGGAAAUCCAAACUCAAGAAUGGCGUGGCAAGAGAACUGCUCCAUGUGGCAGGUUUUCAGACUGAUAGACAGCAGAAAUGACCAUGACUGCCAACAAGAAUGCCAGUGUCAUCAGGAGAACUGGAGGAUGUGAAGUCCCUCGAGAUACUCUGGAUAGGUGUCAGUCGGGUUUGCCAUCAGCACUUUUAUACCAGCCCAGAAGCCCAACGUAUCCCCUCAGUGACAGUGAGGAUUCCUGCCAUUCCAGCAGUUUCACCAAAGUUUCUAAUUCCAGAGUACUCCUCAAGGAUCAGAAUAGCUGGGGAGUUGCCUUGAGAAGUACCUCCACUUCUCCCUCAGACACUGAAUCUCUGAGUCAUUCUUUCAAAGCUAUCACCACGGGCUGUUUGAAUAAAAGGCUCUCCAUUUAUCAGACUGAAGACCAAAACGAGGCCCCCAAGGAGACGCAAGAUGACGAGACACUAGGCAAUCAUCAGCUUACUCGUAGUACUCUGUCCUUGGGAACUGCAGCGAAUCUGCGGAAUCUCUCUCUUAGCAGGGUUAGCAUCCAUUCUCAAGCACCGGAUAUCAGGCAGAAGAUAUCGGAAUGGGAGUGCCGCAAAGAGCCAUCGCCUAGAAUGAGUGUAUGCUUGGACAAGAGGGAUGUUGGAGAUAGGCCAGGAAGUGAGAGCUGUCCCAGCAUGUUGCCUUCUCCAUGCAGUGAGAAGACAUUUGAAUACAAAGGCUUCCGGAGGAUGAGCAGAACAUUUUCAGAAUGCUCCUACCCAGAAACAGAGGAGGAAGAAUUCCUAGAUAGAGACUCCUGCCGCAGGUUUGAAAAGAGACCAAGCAGGAGUGAGCCUUCAAAUGCUUUCCUAAAAGGCCAUACCAGAAAAGAAACUUCUGCUGUGUUGAACAGAAUACAGAAAAUUGAACAGGUGUUAAAAGAACAGCCUGGCAGGGGUCUCCCUCAAUUGCCAAGUAGCUGCUAUAGUGCUGACAGAGGAAGGAAAAAAUCUGUGACUUCAGAUAUUGCUGAAAACUUGGCAGAAAGUGCACGUGAUAAUAAAGCAGGGAAUAUUAUAUGCAGGACUAAUCUAGGCACACCCUCCGAGACUGAGAAAAGUAGUAAAACACAGCAAGGACUGAAUGCUGGUCCUAAGCUGCUUCCUGAGAGCCUGGUUAACACAGCAGUAAACCCUGUACCCAAGCCCAAACGCACCUUUGAGUAUGAAGCCGAUAGGAAUCAUAAAGACAAACCAAGCAAUGGCCUACCUCCAUCACCAAUGGCUGCUGUCCCUCCCCCUCUUCCAUCAACCCCAGCUCCCCCUGUCACUAGGAGACAGAAGAAAGAGUCACGCUUCCAUAGAAAAUCCCAAAAUAGAAAAUCCUUUGAAUUUGAAGAUGCUUCCAGCCUCCAGCCCUUGUAUCCUCCCUCCCCAAAUGAGAAUGGUACUGAGAGCCAACACAAAUCUGGAUUGAAGAGCACUUUAGAAGAGAAUGCCUAUGAAGACAUCGUAGGAGAUUCACCCAAGGAAAACCCGUAUGAGGAUGUGGAGCUAAAAGGCCGUCAUGCAAGCAGAAAAUCCCAGCAGUUGUCUGAGAGUUCCCUAGAUUCUUUGCACAGGAUGUGGACUCCGCAGGACAGGAAGUACACAACACCUCCACAGCUGCCUUCAAAGCCCAGCAGCCAAUCUCUAAGAAUUGGGAACUGGUCAGAAAGGAAAAGCCAUCGCCUGCCACGAUUGCCCAAGAGGCACAGCCAUGAUGACAUGCUGCUGCUUGCCCAGCUCAGCAUGGCCUCCUCUCCCUCCAGCCUGAAUGAAGAUAGUCUGAGUACAACAAGUGAACUUCUGUCCACUCGCAGGCCCAGGAGGGUCCCAAAGCUUGUACAAAGGAUCAAUUCUAUCUUUAGUGCAAAAAGAGGGAAAAAAAGAUUGAAAAAGCUUUCAAUGUCCAGUAUUGAAACAGCAUCACUUCGAGAUGAGAACAGUGAGAGUGAGAGCGAUUCAGAUGACAGGUUUAAAGCUCAUACCCAACGCCUUGUGCACAUCCAGUCAGUGCUGAAGAGAGCCCCCAGUUACCGGACCUUGGAACUUGAGCUGAUUGAGUGGCAGGAACGUGAAUUGUUUGAAUAUUUUGUAGUAGUUUCCUUAAAGAAGAAACCCUCAAAAAAUACACAUCUACCUGAAGUUACAUAUCAGUUUCCUAAGCUAGAGAGGCCCACGAAACAAGUCCGCGAAGCAGAAGAAAGGCUCAAGGCCAUCCCCCAGUUUUGUUUUCCAGAUGCCAAGGACUGGAAUCCAGUGGCUGACUACAACAGUGAGACCUUUUCUUUCAUGCUGACUGGAGAAGAUGGCAGCAGACGGUUUGGAUACUGCCGAAGAUUACUACCAAGUGGAAAAGGUCCACGUCUACCUGAAGUAUAUUGUGUCAUCAGCCGCCUGGGUUGCUUUGACUUAUUUUCAAAGAUAUUGGAUGAAGUUGAAAGGAGGAGGGGAAUAUCAGCUGCCCUGGUUUAUCCAUUUAUGAGAAGUCUGAUGGAGUCUCCCUUUCCUGCACCUGGAAAGACAAUCAGAGUCAAGACAUUCCUGCCUGGAGCUGGAAAUGAGGUAAUAGAACUUCGACGACCAAUGGACUCUCGUCUGGAGCAUGUGGACUUUGAGUGCCUUUUCAGGUGUUUGAGUGUACGACAAAUCAUCAGAAUCUUUGCUUCCCUCCUGGUGGAACGACGAGUGAUCUUCAUAGCAGAUAAACUCAGCACUCUCUCAAGCUGCUCUCAUGCUGUAGUGGCUCUGCUCUACCCCUUCUCCUGGCAGCAUACCUUCAUCCCUGUUCUCCCCUCUUCCAUGAUUGACAUAGUCUGCUGUCCUACUCCAUUUCUGGUCGGACUGCUGUCUAGCUCACUGCCCAAACUGAAGGAGCUACCUGUAGAAGAGGCUCUGAUGGUGAAUCUUGGAGCUGAUCGGUUCAUAAGACAGAUGGAUGAUGAAGAUACACUUUUGCCUAGGAAACUUCAAGCAGCUCUGGAGCAGGCUCUGGAGAGGAAGAAUGAUUUAAUAAACCAAGAUUCAGACAGUGAAUCGGAUGAGGAGUGCAGCACCCUGAAUGGAUUAGUAUCAGAAGUUUUUAUCCGUUUUUUUGUGGAGACAGUGGGACAUUAUUCCCUUUUCCUAUCUCAAAAUGAGAAGGCCGAGCGAGUCUUCCAAAGGGAGGCUUUCCGUAAAUCUGUCUCUUCGAAGAGCAUCCGUCGUUUUCUAGAGGUCUUUAUGGAAUCUCAGAUGUUUGCUGGGUUUAUCCAAGACAGAGAACUGAGAAAAUGCAGGGCAAAAGGUCUCUUUGAACAGAGGGUUGAACAAUAUUUGGAAGAACUUCCAGACACUGAACAAAGCGGAGUAAAUAAGUUUCUUCGAGGUCUUGGAAAUAAAAUGAAAUUUCUUCACAAGAAAAAUUAAUUCCUUUCUACUGGGAUGUGAAUCCAAAGACUGUUUGUGUCACUGGGCACCGAACACUGCCUGCAGCAAUGCUGAUUGGGGUCCUGAUCACAAAUUUAUGGGACUGCAAAUGCUGUUUGACUUUGUGCCAGCAUAAACAAACAAAAAUGAUAUAUGUUUGUAAAUAAUGUGCUGUAAGUGUCCUUUUUUUGUCAUGAGCACAGACAACUGUAGUAAUAUUUGUAUAUUCCUGAAAAUAACAGGUGCUUCUUUCUUUAGUAUGCACUGAGUUGUGCUUGGUGCAAACUGAAUAGCUUAUUAUGUGCAGCCUGACUGUCUCAGCAGAACCACUGAUUUCUACAGAUGUUUGUGAGAGCUAUGUGAUGUAUUAUGGAAGAGAAUGAACUCCAGCCUGGGAAUUGGGGGAGGGGGGUAUAUUUUAGAGGUCUGAUUUUUAUAUGACAGAGUUUAUAUAUAUAUUAGUUUUUUUUCCUCCCUUCUAAUUCAUUUGUCAUGGGGAAAAAUAACAAGUUACUCCAUAAUAAGGUACUUGAUUCUCAAUCACAGAAUAUCUGCUUUGUUUAAAAUGAUGAUCAGUAAACUUUUAUACAUUCUGCACUAGGAUUACUAAUCAUGGAUAAUUGUUUGGCCAUUUGACACAUAGUCUACCAGUGAUUGGGUACAGCACAUCCUUUCAUAAUGUAUGUAUGAUUUCUAAUAAAUUGUGUAAAUACUGGUGUCAAA